UGUUCAGAAUUUCUAGUCUUUUGAAUUGAUAACAAAUAAAAUAUUGAAUUAUUUUGUUUACAGCACUAAUACUUUUUUUAUCAGCCGGCGUCGUCUGCUUAAUUUUUACAAUCGAAUGGAAAAUUAUUGUGCAACGAAUACCUUAAACUCGACUAUUUAAUUGUUUUUGUUUUAAGUUACAUUAAUAUGCUAAAAUCUAAGUUGUUUUUUAAUUUAUACACGAAAAGUCUUCAGCAUCAGUUUUUCUCUUCAGCACCAAAAAAGAAAAUUUGUAUCAUUGGAAGUGGACCUGCAGGAUUUUAUACUGCUCAAAAUUUAUUGAAAAGUGAAGUUGUUGAGGUUGAUAUUUUUGAAAAACUUCCUGCUCCGUAUGGCCUGAUAAGAUACGGAGUUGCUCCUGAUCAUCCUGAAAUUAAAAAUGUUAUAACAUCAUUUAACAAAGUUGCUGAAUACAAGUACUGUAAUUUUUAUGGAAAUGUCAACAUUGGUCAAGAUAUAACUAUAGAAGAACUUUCAAAAGCAUAUCAUGGCAUUGUUCUAGCUUAUGGAGCUGAUUCUGAAAGACAAUUAAAUAUUCCUGGGGAAGACUCCAAAAAUGUUUUAUCCUCAAAUGAAUUUGUUGCUUGGUACAAUGGUCAUCCUAACUUUGUGAAUCUAAAUUUAAAUUUAGAUUGUGAAAAUGCAGUAGUCAUUGGGCAUGGAAACGUAGCCAUUGAUGUUGCACGAAUUCUUCUUCUAGACAUUGAUGUUCUAAUGAAAACUGACAUUGCAGAACAUGCUUUAGAAGCUUUAAAUAAGAGCAGAGUUAAAAAAGUUACUAUGGUUGGUCGAAGAGGACCUCUUCAAGUUUCUUUCACCACUAAAGAAUUCAGGGAACUUGCCAAAUUGUCCUAUUGUAGAAGCGUUAUGAAUUUAGAAGAUUUUGUUGGUAUACCUGAUAUAAUACCCUCUUUAAAAAGACCUCUUAAAAGACUAACAGAAUUAGUAUGGACGACGGCUAAUCAAGAGCAAGACAAAAGUCUAAAUAAAUCAUGGGAGCUGAAAUUUUAUAGAAAUCCUAAAGUUACCUUACCUGACUCGGAAGGUAGAGUUGAAAAUGUUGUGUUUGGAAUAAAUAAAUUAAAGGAACUAGAUCUAACGAAACCACCUGAAAUCUUUGAUACAGGUGAAGAAGAAAAUUUAAGUGCUGGUAUUGUUAUUAAAAGUAUUGGAUAUAAAAGUUCACCAAUAGACCCAUCUGUUCCUUUUGAUCCUAAAAGAUGUAUAGUUCCUAAUAAGAAAGGAAAAGUCCUCAAUAAAAAUGGUCUGUACUGCAGUGGCUGGAUUAAAACAGGUCCAAAAGGAGUGAUUUUACCAACUAUGCACUCAAGUUAUGAGACAGUAGAUGUUAUAUUAGACGAUAUUGAUAAGGGAGAAAUGAAUGCAGAUUUACCAAUGGAUAGAAAUGAUGUACUAGAUCUUCUUAAAAAAAGAGGUGUUAAAUAUGUAACAUUUGAAUAUUGGAAAAAAAUUAAUCAAAUUGAAGAAGAAAGAGGAAUGGCUAAGGGGAAACCAAGAAUAAAAAUAUGCAAUGUUGAUGAAAUGUUAAAGAUUGCAAAUUUAACUUAGUUGCUAGUUAAGACCUCAUCUUUUGUUGAUCAAUUUAAAAAUCUUGCGAUUGGUUUUAAUUCAAUCAAAUCUGAUAAAAAUCAAAUAACUAUUACUGUAUUAAAACUUACUGUUGAUGAUAAAAGAAAUAAGCUGCGUUAAUAUCAAUUGCAACCAAACAUAAAUAUAGUCUUUUUCGUGGCACAAUACAAUUAAAGAAGUGUUCAUUUGACAACUGAACAAAGAAAAUGAAAAAAAAUAAUAAUUUAAUUUGUUAAGAACUAAUUAUAAUUUGAAAGUUAAGCAAUGUCAAUAUAAAAUAUUUAUUAAAAAAAGUAAAUUUAAUUUUAAAAAAAGGUUUUUUUUAAAUUCUUAGAAUAUUUAAUACAUAUGAACCCUUUUUUUCUACAAUAAAUUGGUAGUUUUUAAAGGCGAGACCUAAAUUAUAAUAUAGUUUUAUUUUUAUAAAUGUUGCUCUAUAUUUUUACUCAAGUCUUAGGUCUUUUUAUAAGAAUUUUGAGUAGGCAGGACUUGAAAAAAAAAGCUGACACUUUGAGAUUAUUACUUAUAUACUAGUGAGUAAUUAAUUGGCAUCUGUCCGUAACAUAUUAUAAUUCAUUAUUAGCAACAGUCCAUAUUAGACUCCUCAUUUUUUUUAAUAAUAAAUUUGAAUUAAGUGUUUUUUUUUAUUAUUGCAUCUUCCUUUUAUUUUCCUUCACAGUGAAUGUUGUGAAAAAAAAAUUUUAUAUUGUCAUUCAAUUUUAUAUAUUUAUUUUUGAUACACAAUAAGUUAUAUAUAGCUAAAAAUGUAUGAUAUAAAAAAUUUAUUGAAUAUAAAAUUCUGAGGACUUAUAUAAUUCUUAAUUCUUAAAUUUUAAAAUAUAUGAUAUAUAAUUCUUAAAUUUUAAAAUUGCAUAAAAAAUUAUGCGAUAUUUAUCUUGUUCAAUUAUCAGCAUUGUCAAUUCAUGUUUGGUAUUUUUUUAAUUGAUGAAAUAGUUUAUUCAUCCUUUGACAUCUGUUUUUCCCAACUCGGUUUCAGUAAUAACAUAGGAAUAUCUAACUAUUUUCCAGGCCAGUCAUUAAUAAAUAAUUAUCUAUUUUUUUUAGCUGUGGUUUGCACAAGUUAUAAUUUUAUGAAGCAAAGUAUUUUUUCUUGUUAAUUUAUACCAAACAAGCCAACUCAGAAACCUUUGUCACAGUAUACAUUUGAUGUUUUCUUUAUUGCAAUAGUAGAUAUAUAAUAUUUUGAUUAUAGAUAGUCCAUUUUUAAUGGAUUCUAAUAAUAAAUAUUGAUUUUUAUAUUUUCAUUCUUUUUUAUCAGAACUGUUUUAACUAAUUAAGUUUAGUUUAUGUGAGGGGCUUAAUAAAUUUUAUGAGAAAGGAUAAAUAUCUAUAAAGUUCUUUUUUUUUUCUUAUUUUAGUUAUGUCAUGGAUUACAUAAAUGAACUUCAUAUGAAGUCUAAUAUAUAUGUUUUACUCUUAGCUUAGCUGUGAUAAAGUUUGAUGAUUCUCAAUCUUGUGGCUUUAUAAGUUAUAUUUGUGAUAGUACUUCAACUGUAUUUUUAAUUAUUACUCUAAGCAACUUAAAUGCAUGCAUGUUUAUUAAAUUUUAUUUUUAUAAA